GCCAGCACCACUGAGAACAGUUUGGCUACCAGAACUGUUGCCUAACGCAGUAAAAAAUGGCCAGAGGAUCAGUAUCCGAUGAAGAAAUGAUGGAGCUCAGAGAAGCUUUUGCCAAAGUGGAUACCGAUGGCAACGGGUACAUCAGCUGCAAUGAGCUGAAUGACUUGUUCAAGGCUGCCUGCUUGCCUCUGCCUGGCUACAGGGUGAGAGAAAUUACAGAGAACCUGAUGGCCACAGGUGACCUGGACCAGGAUGGGAAGAUCAGCUUUGAUGAGUUUAUCAAGGUUUUUCAUGGCCUGAAAAGCACAGAGGUUGCCAAGACCUUUAGAAAAGCUAUCAAUAAGAAGGAAGGGAUUUGUGCGAUCGGGGGCACUUCCGAGCAGUCUAGUGUUGGCACCCAACACUCGUACUCAGAGGAAGAGAAGUAUGCCUUUGUCAACUGGAUAAACAAAGCCCUGGAAAAUGACCCUGAUUGCCGGCACGUCAUCCCUAUGGAUCCUAACACCAAUGAUCUCUUCAGUGCUGUUGGAGAUGGCAUCGUGCUUUGUAAGAUGAUCAAUCUGUCAGUGCCGGACACAAUUGAUGAGAGGACAAUCAACAAAAAGAAACUCACCCCUUUCACCAUUCAGGAAAAUUUGAACCUGGCUCUAAACUCUGCCUCAGCCAUUGGGUGCCACGUGGUUAAUAUCGGCGCUGAGGACUUAAAGGAGGGGAAGCCUUACUUGGUCCUGGGACUGUUGUGGCAGGUCAUCAAGAUUGGGUUAUUUGCCGACAUCGAGCUCAGCAGAAACGAAGCGCUGGCUGCUCUUCUGAGAGAAGGGGAGAGCCUGGAAGACCUGAUGAAGCUCUCUCCCGAGGAGCUCCUGCUGAGAUGGGCUAACUACCACCUGGAAAAUGCAGGCUGCAACAAAAUCAACAACUUCAGCAGCGACAUCAAGGACUCGAAAGCUUAUUACCACCUGCUUGAACAGGUGGCUCCAAAAGGAGAUGAAGAAGGUAUUCCUGCUGUUGUUAUUGACAUGUCAGGACUGAGGGAGAAGGACGACAUCCAGAGGGCAGAAUGCAUGCUGCAGCAGGCAGAGAGGCUGGGCUGCCGCCAGUUUGUCACGGCCACAGACGUUGUCCGAGGGAACCCCAAGCUGAACUUGGCUUUUAUUGCCAACCUCUUUAACAAAUACCCUGCCCUGCACAAGCCUGAGAACCAGGACAUCGACUGGGGGGCUCUGGAAGGUGAGACAAGAGAAGAGCGGACGUUUAGGAACUGGAUGAACUCCUUGGGCGUAAACCCGCGAGUCAAUCAUCUGUACAGUGACUUAUCAGAUGCCCUGGUCAUCUUCCAGCUCUAUGAAAAGAUUAAAGUCCCUGUUGAUUGGACCAGAGUAAACAAACCACCAUACCCCAAACUGGGGGGGAACAUGAAGAAGCUUGAGAAUUGUAACUAUGCAGUGGAACUGGGGAAGAAUCAGGCAAAGUUCUCCCUGGUUGGCAUUGGUGGACAAGAUCUCAACGAAGGAAACCGCACCCUAACGUUGGCCUUGGUCUGGCAGUUAAUGAGAAGGUACACACUGAAUAUUCUUGAAGAAAUUGGAGGCGGGCAGAAGGUCAAUGAUGACACCAUUGUCAACUGGGUGAAUGAAACAUUGAAGGAAGCGGAGAAGAAUUCAUCCAUCUCUAGUUUCAAGGACCCGAAGAUCAGCACAAGUCUGCCGGUCCUUGAUCUCAUCGAUGCCAUUCAGCCAGGUUCCAUUAACUAUGACCUUCUGAAGACGGAGAACCUGAAUGAAGAAGAGAAACUCAACAAUGCGAAGUAUGCCAUCUCUAUGGCCCGAAAAAUUGGAGCGAGAGUGUAUGCACUUCCAGAAGACUUGGUGGAAGUGAACCCCAAGAUGGUCAUGACCGUGUUCGCUUGCCUCAUGGGGAAAGGAAUGAAGAGGGUGUAAGGCCCAGUGGGCGGGGUAGGGUCUACGUGGGUCUCUGGCUGCUCACGCCCGGUGCUCCCAGGAAACACAGGAGGAGUCAGCCAUUCCAAAGUUUCAACUCGAUGACAUUAUACACAGUUCCAAAAAAAAAUGUGCAUCUGUUCAGCCAAGUAGCCUUCAUGUAUUUAACAAAAACUGCUUUAUUCUUUGCAAAAGACCCAGUCUCUUACAAAUAUUUUUUUAUCAUUGAAUUGAUUGCGUCUUUGAAAAUGUAGAGAAAAAGAGA